AUAAUCUCAACAUAGUAACGAAGAGCAAAACGUACUCAACAUUCUCUCAUUCGAUCGCGAACUGUUCGCGCGACAUAUUCAUUUCGAAACGUACUGUGAAAAUCGGAUACAUUAACUAUCCACGAUAGACGUGCGACCGACUCCCUCAGCACCAAGCUUACUUUGUUUAAAAGUGAAAUUGAAAACUUAGGAAAAGUGAAAUAUAAUUGUUCUCAGAUGUGAUAUUUGCGGAUACAAAAAACUUGUUCAGAUAAAGUUACGAAGAGUUUAUAACGUAAAAUAACCAUGAAAAAACAGCAAUACUAGUCAUAAGCGCAAUAAAACAUUUAAAGAUGAGGAUCUCGCGGGGACAUUUGUUACUUUGCACCCUAAUCACAUUACUCAAUGGAAACGUAGCAGAUAAAUCUACCAUUUACGAUGGUACGCUUAGACAAAACGAAGAUUUUUUACAAAAUGACGACUCCAUCAACUACAGAUUACCAAAGGACGUUGAUCCCAUUUCGUAUGAUAUCAAGUUAAUACCAAACUUUCAAGACUUAACCUUUGAGGGCAUCGUAAAACUUGAAGCUAUCGCAAAAAGUGCAACUAACAAUGUUACACUACACGUGGGAAACCUCACAAACAUAAAGUGUUCGGUUAUAACAUCAUAUGCAGCUGAUAGUUAUUCGACUUUGUAUGACAAUACUACUGAAAAGUAUACUAUUCUUCUCCCCGAAACCAUCCCUGAAGGUGGGAGAUUAACAAUAUCUUUCACAUACAAUGGAGUUUUAUCCGACAACAUGAUUGGAUUUUAUAGAAGUUCAUACAUCCACAACGGAGAGAUUAAAUGGCUAGCUGCAACACAAUUUCAAACAACACACGCGAGACAUGUCUUUCCAUGCUUCGACGAACCAAGCUUUAAGGCAAAAUUUACGAUCCGUAUAGCAAGAGACGAAAAUUAUAAGACCAUCAGUAAUAUGCCAUGGGAAAAAUCUGAGAGAUUGAAACCAGGAACCAAGAUGUGGGAUAUCUUCGAAGAAAGCAUUCCAAUGUCCACAUACUUAGUGGCCUUUGUCAUUUCGGAAUUUGAUUCUCUUCCUAAAACACCAGAUGAAAUAUUUAAAGAAAAAAAUCAAAAAGAAGAAGGUCCAGUCACAUUUAAAGUAUGGUCCAAACCAACCACUAUCGAUCAAGCUCAAUACGCUUUAGACGUUGGAAGACGAGCACUCGAACUGUAUGAGAAGAAAUUCAACGAACCGUAUAAGAAGGAGAACCUGACCAAGAUGGACAUGGUGGCCGUACCUGACUUCGCAGCUGGGGCCAUGGAAAAUUGGGGAUUGGUCACAUAUCGCGAGAGUCGGAUGUUAUACGACGAGAUAGAAUCAUCGGCGAUAGCAAAGCAGAGCGUAACUUCUGUGAUCGCUCACGAGCUUGCGCAUAUGUGGUUCGGAAAUUUGGUGACACCAGAAUGGUGGAGCUAUCUUUGGCUUAGCGAAGGAUUCGCCAGAUACUAUCAAUAUUUCGGUACCGCGGAGCUCGAGGAAACUUGGAGCAUGAAAGAGCAAUUCGUGGUGGAACAACAUCAAACUGCAUUAAUAGCGGACGGACUUGAAUCUUCUCUUCCAAUGACUCGGGACGUUUUUAAUAAAUCGCAAAUCGCAGGAAUAGGAGAUACUAUUACCUAUAACAAGGGAGCCAGUAUAGUUCGUAUGAUGAGCCUCCUGUUCGGACCCGAGAUUUUCGAGAACGCAUUACGCAGAUACAUACAAAACAACAAAGACAAAGGUUUGAGCAAUCCGGAUGCUUUGUGGGUAGCAAUAAAAGAAGAAAUAAAUAGCGAAUCAGAAAUAGAUCCGUCACUAUCAAAGAUCGAUGUAAAAGCAGUAAUGGAUACCUGGACUACAAAAGCUGGAUAUCCCGUUGUAUCAUUCACAAUUAAUGACAAUGGCAUAUUGGAUAUUACUCAAGAACGUUUCCUUUUGAGAAACUUGGAAAAUACCGAUAAAGAUAUCAUUUGGCAAAUCCCUAUCACGUUUACUACACAAGACAACCCAGAUUUCAAUGACAUGCACCCGAAGUAUUGGAUGUCUAACAACAAAAGCACAUAUUAUAAUAUUAAUCCGGAAAAAUGGGUUGUAUUCAACAUUCAAUCAUCAGGUUUUUAUCGUGUAAAUUAUAACAAACUUGGAUGGAAGAACAUUUUCAAAACCUUAAAAAACGAAGAUCUUAACGAAAUUCAUGUAUUGAAUAGAGCCGCCAUUGUAGACGAUCUACUAAAUCUGGCUAGAGCAAAAUAUCAAAAUUAUGAUACGCUUCUAGAUGGAUUGCUCUAUCUUAAAAGAGAAACAAAUUACCUGCCCUUUAAAGCAGCAUUUAAUGGUUUUGAAUAUCUAAAUAAGCGAUUUACUGGACAUGAUGCGACAUAUUCCUAUUUCAAGGCAUAUGUUCGUUCUCUUCUCGAAAGUAUAAAUCUCCACUUAGGAUAUGACGAUCGCGAAGAUGAUGACUGGCUACAAAUUUUGUUACGACGCGAGGUCAAUAAUUGGCUCUGUAAUUUCGACGAUGAGGAAUGUGUAACAAUUUAUACUGAAAAAUUUCAACAGUGGAAAACAGAUGGUAUCCGUAUUAAGCCAAAUGAAAGAACUACAGCGUACUGCGUAGCCAUAAGACAUGGAUCUCCUGAUAAUUGGAACUUUUUGUGGGAAGAAUAUAUAAAUUUCGAUUAUCCAUCCGACCAAACAGUGAUUUUGAACGCAUUGGGAUGCAGUCAGGAUACUAGCAUCUUACAAGAAUAUCUACUUAAAGCCAUUAGCAGUUUUGACAAGAAUCAAAUUCGUAAACAGGACAGCACGACUGUCUUCGCCGCCGUUUAUAACUCUGGCCUGAUUGGUGCUGAGACUGUUCUUGAUUUUGUUGACCAGUAUCACAAAGAAAUGGAAGAAUACUACGGAGGGCAGGGUACAAUAGCCACAAUCCUGGAUGGAGCGUCGCAGCGUCUCUCUACAUUCGAAUUAGUGAACAAAUUCGAAACUCUUAUAAACAAGCACAAAGCGGACUUCACGUCAAUCGAAAAAUCUUUGGCUUCUUCUUUAAAAAUCGCUAAAUACGAAUUGGACUGGUUUAUAUACGUUUCAGAAUCUAUAACUCAGUGGCUACGAAAAUAUGAUAACCUACGAUAUCGCUUACCAAACAAUAUAAAUCCUCAAAAAUAUAUUAUUUCCGUUACACCUUAUCUUGAGGGGGAUUUUACCGUUGACGGAAAGGUGACGAUCGCAGCCAAUGUAACACAUCCGACAGAUCAGAUCAUUUUGCAUUCCUCGAACAUUGAACAUGAAAAAGUGACCGUCACAGCCAAUGGUCAAAACGAUCCUUUGCACAUUCUAAAGAAAAAGGUAGAAAACCGAUAUGACUUUUACAUUAUUUAUCUAGAAGAAGAAGUAACCACGGGAACUAAUUUGACCAUCGAAAUCAAGUACAAAAGUAAUUUGAACGCUACAGAGCUUCGUGGCUUCUACAAAAGUUCUUACUUGAAUGAGAAGGGAGAAACGAGAUGGCUAGCAGCCUCUCACUUAGAACCUGUAGGCGCUAGAAAAAUGUUUCCUUGCUUCGAUGAACCAGCGAUGAAAGCAAUCUUUACUAUUGAAGUUACCGUGCCACCAGAUUACACACCACUCAGUAACAUGAACUGGGAAGUCUUAAACCAACCUGGUAAUGGUCACGACACGUACACUUUCCACGAGACAAAACUGAUGUCGACAUAUUUGGUGGCUCUUAUUGUUUCUGAUUUUAAGUCUAAAUCUGGGGAAACAAGUGAUGGAAUUAAAUUAGCGGUAUACGCACGUCCCAACGCCAUUAAUCAAACCUCUUACGCUUUAGAAGUAAUGUCUCCAUUGUUGAAAUUCUUCGAGGAGACGUACAACCAAAAAUAUCAACUCCCAAAAUUAUUUAUGGCGGCGCUACCCGAUUUUUCAUCAGGCGCAAUGGAGAACUGGGGCCUUUUAACAUACAGGGAAGCGAGUAUGUUAUAUGACGAGAAUCACUCGCCGAUAACAAAUAAGCUAGAUAUCAGAAACGUGAUUGCUCAUGAAAUCUCCCAUCAAUGGUUCGGAAAUUUGGUCAGUCCUCUGUGGUGGAAAUAUCUGUGGUUGAACGAAGGAUUUGCUAGAUACUUCGAAUACCAUGCUCCAGCCCGUGUAUUUACAGACGAUAGUUUGGAAUCACAAUUUGUGGUGGACCAAGUACAUUCUGCUUUCAGUGCAGACAGUUCUAAAUCUACACAUCCCAUGAGUCAUGAUGUAACUACUCCUCGUGAAAUUCACAGCAUAUUUGACACAAUUAAUUAUGCUAAAGCUGCUAGCGUAUUGAGAAUGGUCGAAAAAGUAUUUGGAACUGAAAUAUUCAAUGAUGCAUUAAGUGACUAUCUUAAACAAAAAAGUUACAGCGUUGCCGAGCCAAAAGAUUUGUACGCCUCACUUCAACAAAAACUAGAUGAGAAAGGAUUAAAAGACGAUAUCACAGUCAUCUUAGACACGUGGACAACUCAACCCGGUUAUCCUGUCGUUAAUGUCGAUGUUAAAAAACAUAUUAUAAUUUUGGAACAAGAACGUUUCUUCCUUAAAGAACAUGGCAAUAAUUCUGAUGAAACUCUGUGGCACAUCCCAAUUACAUGGGCAUCAGUUCAAAAUAGUUUAGAUUACUCCGAUACCACAUCGAAAUUUUGGUUAACAGAACGCAAAAACAUAAUAAAAAAGCCAUCAGAUUCACUUGUACUAUGCAACACGCAACAAUCAGGUUACUAUCGUGUAAAUUAUAACAAAAAACAUUGGAUGGAGUUGAUUGAUUAUCUUAAGAACCAAGAUUUUCAAACAAUUCACGUAAUUAAUCGCGCAGCAUUAAUUGAUGAUCUUAUGAAUCUUGCAAGAGCAGAUUACAUCGAUUACAAAACUGUUAUAUCCGCUACAAUGUAUUUGGAGAAAGAAAAUAAUUAUUUCCCUUGGCGUGCGUUCUUCAAUAAUCUGCCUUACUUGAACAACCGUUUUGCAGGACGUGAAAUUGAACAGCUAUAUAAAAAAUGGUUAACAUCAUUAAUAGAAGGACUUUACACACGGUUAGGCUUUGAGGAUCGCGAGAACGACGACGAUUUAACUAAAAUGUUAAGAAUACAUACUCGCAAAUGGGCCUGUAAAUUAGAUGUAGCAGAUUGUAUAUAUGAGGCUACAAAAUUCUUCAGACAGAAACAACGUUCAAUUCCAAUACCACCAAAUUACCGCGAUGUUGUUUACUGCACAGCCAUGAGAAUGAACUCAAGAGAUAAUUAUGAAUUUUUAUGGAACGAGUACAUAAAGAGUAAUGUGAAUACAGAUAAACUUGUAAUUCUUAGUUCAUUAGCUUGUUCAGAAAACAGGGAUGAUUUAGAAAGGUUAUUGCGAGAAGCGAUUAUUAAGGAUUCUGUGAAUAUACGGUAUCAAGAUAGCGCGAAAGUAUUUUCGAACGUUUACGAUGCAAGUUUGAUUGGUGUUGAAGUUGUCAUGAAAGUGAUUGAAACUUCUUAUGAAGCUAUACUGAACCGAUAUGACGGUGAUUAUACAAAAAUCGAAAAUAUAGUGAGCGCUUUGGCAAGCAGAUUAUCCACUUCUGAUCUUUAUAAACAGUAUGAAAACUUACUCGACCAGCUGGUUAAGAAAGAACCGAAAUUCAAGAUGUCUGUCGAUUCCUAUUUGGAAACAGCAAAAUAUGAGUUCGAUUGGUAUGAGAGAAAAGUUCCAGUAAUUUUCGAAGCAUUGGACAAUCUAUUUUCAAGUAACAUGUACCGCUUGCCGAAGACGCUUGAGCCAAACUUGUACAACAUAUAUCUCACACCUCACAUGGAAGAAGGUGUCUUUGACGGAGAUGUGGAAAUACAAAUGACAGUUCGGGAAAGUACUACGUUAAUAACUCUCAAUUCUCACAAACUCAAUAUCUCAUCAAAUAUCAACGUCUUCAGAGAAGAUGAUUCAAAAAUAGAAGUGCUGAGUUACAAAGAACAUGGUCCGCAACAAAUACUAAAAAUAUAUUUAUCCGCCUAUGUACAUACGAAUGAGAAGAUAAAAGUGAAAAUUAAUUUUAACGGAAUUCUUAAUGAUGAUAUGAAUGGAUUCUAUCGUAGUUCGUAUUUUGACAGUGAAGGGGUGCAGCAUUGGUUGGCUACAACACACUUUGAGCCUACGUAUGCUAGACAGGCUUUCCCCUGUUUAGACGAACCAGCAUUUAAAUCAAAAUUCACAAUUAACAUUCAAAGGCUAAAUCAUUACAACUCGCGAAGUAAUAUGCCACUCAAAACAGAUGCCAUAAGUCUAACGGACGGUAAUUACACGGUGGACACUUUCCACACUAGCAACGUUGUUAUGUCGACGUAUCUGGUAGCAUUUGUUGUCUCCGAAUUUGAGUCUGUGGAUGUUGGAAACGCAACUUUCAACGUAUGGGGUAGACCGGAAGUCGUGGUACAUGGCAGAUACGCUCAAGAUAUUGGCAUUGAACUUAUUGACGAGUUGCAGAAUAUUACCGGCAUCAAUUAUACUUUGCCCAAGCUAGACUUGGUGGGAAUUCCAGAUUUUUCAAUGGGCGCGAUGGAGAACUGGGGUCUUGCUACUUUCCGUGAAUACGGACUUUUCUAUAACAAAAAAGAAACUACAUCCACCUUCGAAAAGUACAUAAUCACCGUAAUAGCGCACGAACUUACUCACAUGUGGUUCGGAAAUCUCGUUACUUGCGACUGGUGGGAUUAUAUUUGGCUCAACGAAGGUUUCGCACAAUACUUCGAAUGGUUUAUAUCUGAUCGGAUACGCCCAAAUUACAAGUUCAUGGAUCAAUUCGUGGUUUACGAACUACAUCCCGCUCUGUCGAAAGAUGCUUCGCUCUCAACACACCCAAUGACAAAUCCCGUCAAAACUCCGGAAGAAAUAGCUAAAAUCUUCGAUUAUGUCACUUACGGGAAAUCCGCCAGUGUCUUACGAAUGAUAUUCAAUGCAUUUGACCAAGAAGAUCAUAUAUUGGCACUUCGUGAUUAUUUAACAAAACGAAAAUAUCGUACGGCAAGUCCUACAGAUCUAUGGGAUAGUUUCGAGUUAUUUGUAUCGAUAAACAUUGGCGAUAGAAAUGUAAGCAUCGAAGAAGUUAUGAAUACUUGGACAAAUCAACCGGGAUAUCCGGUGGUCAAUGCUACAUUAACUAAAGACAUACUAACGCUUACUCAGGAACGGUUCCUAAUAAAUAGCAAUAACAUUGGCAGUGAAUUUUAUUGGAUACCAAUUGAUAUAUUCGUUCCAUCCAAUAUGUUUGGUGAUAUUUCUUUACACCAAAAAAUAUGGCUAGGACCAGAACCUCAGGGAAUAUAUGUUAAUCCUACUAACGAUUGGUUUAUCGUAAAUUAUGAACAAACUGGUUUCUACCGCGUUAAUUACGAUACUUUCUCGUGGAAAAAAUUAAUCGAUAAGUUAAAGAAUAAAGGAUUCGAAGUUAUCAAUCCCUUGAAUCGUGCUCAAAUUAUUGACGAUCUCUUUAACUUGGCUCGCGCUAGUUACGUGGAAUAUGAAUUAUUGAUGAGCGCAUCGCUGUAUUUAAAACAAGAAACACAUCAUUUACCCUGGAAAGCGUUCUUCAAUGGCAUAUCGUUCAUUUCUGGAAGAUUUGAAACACAGGCAACUUUCCAGAAAGAUCUAAAUGGAUACAUUAUGAAAUUAUUAUCUCCGAUGUAUGAGAAAGUAGGAUUCGACGAUCGUGAUAAUGAAGAGCAUUUAGACAAAUUAAAUCGGGAAAUGAUUCUUCAAUGGGCUUGCAAAUUAGGUAAUGCGGAAUGCCUGACAAAAUCUGUAGAGCUAUUUACCACCUGGCAGAACAAUUCCACACGAAUUCCACGUAAUGCACGGCCAGCUGUUUAUUGUACCGCAAUAAGACAAGGAAGCUCAGAUGAUUGGGAUUUCUUGUGGGAUCAAUAUCUAGACACAAACUUUGCAACAGAGAUGAAGGUUAUUAUAAAUGCACUCGGGUGCUCGAUAAAUGAGACAGUACUCCAAACUUACUUAGGAAGAGCCAUAGAAAAAUACGAUCCUGCCAGUGCUGUCAUUCGUCGACAAGAUGUUUCAGCGGUAUUUACUUCCGUCUACAGCGCAGGCCCAGUAGGAGUAAAUGUUACCCUUAACUUUUUAAUAACACAUAUUGAAGAGCUGUAUCAAUAUUUUGGAAAGUGGGACGAAGUUGCAGAUUUAUUUGUUAAUGUGGCAUCGUAUAUAUCGAGCGAGGAUCAAUAUAAUACGUUGAUGGACUUCGUGGAACAUAAUAUAACCAUGUAUCCUCCAAAUAUGAAAAUUAAAUUACGUUCUGCUAUUUCUACAGUGGAAACCAACUUACUGUGGUUCAAAACUAACGGCUACAAAAUUAGACAAUGGAUAAUGAGUCUAGAACCUGAAAUCGAAAAACCAGACAGUUCUACCAGGAUAGAAUCCUUAAAUAUUGUUUGUGUAACUCUCAUUGCUUUAAUAUCGUAUCUUUUAAGUUAUAACUGAAAAAUUAAGUUUAACGAAAUGUAGAUUAAAUAAAUAUUAUUCUUCAGGUUUCUAUUAUGCACAAUAGAGACAACUGGAUCUUUUA